ACCACCACCUUCAUACCAGUCACUCUUUUCGGCUUUCAGCCUACCACACUCUUUUUUAUACUUAAUAAUUUUAGGUUGCUUUACAGCUUCUUAUCAUCCAACCCCGUCCCUCUUUUCCUUCGAUACAAUUACUAUAUACCGUAAUUCCUAAAUCCAGCCUUCAAGAUGCAGUUCACCAUCUCCGCCGCUGCCCUCAUGGCCUUCGCCGCCAAGGCCCUCGCCCAGGUCGCCGACUUCGACCCCGUUCUCACUCCCACCAACUGGGAGGAGGUCUCCGCUGGCAAGACCCUCGAGAUCACCUGGCAAGCUAAGCCCAAGUACUCCGGCGAGAAGAUCUCCAUCUCUCUGAUCGGUGGUGCUACCCAGAACACCCAGGUCCCCAUCAAGACCAUCGCCACUGGCAUUGACAACGACGCUGCUUCCUACAGCUGGGCCAUUGACUCUACCCUCGGAACCGAGAACGUCUACGGUCUCGUCCUCAAGCUCGAGAGCAACCCCGAGGUUUUCCAGUACUCUUUCCCCUUCAAGAUUGAGGGUGCCAAGAAGUCCGAGGACAAGCCCUCUCAGACCAAGAACGACUACGAGGUCCCCUCCUCCGUCGCCCCUAAGCCCACCAAGCCCGCUUACCCCGUCCCUGAGACCACCGUCGUUGCUGUUUCUGAGACCGUCACCGUCCCUUGCAACAACACUGCUGGUUCUCCCACCACCUUCGUCCCCGUUGUCAAGACCCACUACCCUGCUCCUCCUGCUCCCCCUGCCAACAACGGCACUGCUCCCAACCCUCCCGUCUACACCCACCCUGCUCAGCCUCCUGUUGUUCCCACUCAGCCCGCUGGUCAGCCUCCCGUCUACGGCCAGCCCACCCCUACUCCCGUUCCCGUCUCUGGUGCUGCCCGCUUCGGCGCUCCCAUUGCCGUUGUUGCUGGUCUCGUCAUGGCCGCUUUCGCUCUGUAAGCGAGGCCGCGCACCAAUUUAAUCUUUGGUUCCUGCGUGGCGUCAUGACUUCAUGACUGCAUUUUAGAGGGUUUCUCGUUUCUUCAGGUAUGGAGCAGUCUGGGUAUAAUCAGGCCUUUGCGCACAUACGUUGCUUCUUUUGUUGGUAUCUACGAGUUGGAAGGUUUUCUGGAUUGUUAAUGUAUUGAGGAAAAACUAUAAAACCCACUUGGGUUAUUUGUCUUGAUCAAGUUCCCCUGAUGUAGCUGCCAUGUGUUCCUUCGCCGCUACGUCUAAUAGACAUAUGACCCAGCUUUUGUUUUCCCAAGAGAUUCCUGUCAACUAGUGUUAUUGCUACAAUACCCAUUUCUUUUUAACACUGAA